AUGAUUCUCGAUAAGUCAAUGAACUGGUACUAUCCAACCUACGGAUUCGAAGAUUCCUUAGAUAGCUAUUCUGAGCAAGACGAACGAAUCGAUCCGUUGAGCUUGGAAGCCAAGAAAUUGGAAAAAAUCAACGAGGCGAAAAAGAAUGAAAUCAAAGAAGGAAAAGAAAGAGUUGGAGAGAUGGCUGAGAUGACUGUGGAGGAGUUGAAAAUGAGGAUUGAAGAAGAGGAGAAGAUGAGAAAUGAACUAUUGAAGAAGGCAGAACUGAAGAAAGAAGAGAAGGAAAAGAUGAAGAAACUGGAAAAGCAACGAGAGUUCUCAACAAGACUCAUCCAGAAUCAGAAGAGAGAUUUCGAGUCGAGGAAGAUUGAGAUUCACACGAAAAGAGAGGAAAUGGUGAAGCUGAAAAUGAAGUUGGAAGAGUUGCAAGUGGAGAAGAAGACGUGGAAUUUGUUGUCGACAGACAUGACUGCCAAUUUGAAGGAUCUUCUUGUAAGGGAACGAGAGACGAAACAGAAGAUGGAACGGAAACUUCGAGAAUACACCGGAGGUCUGUAUUCCAGACUCACCCACCUCGUCAAUGAAUUCAACGAACUCUCUCAGCUCGUGUUCUGUCAGAAACAGAUUGCAAACGAUCAUGAUGAUGCUGUCAGAUUCAUGAAGAAGAAGGAAGAAUACGAGGUUAAGAAGCGAGAAGAUAUCGAGAGAUUCGAGAAGCUUAGAGAAGAAGAAGGGAAACUCCGUCGUUCGAGACCGAAUCCAAGGAAGAAUGACCUCUACUACGGAUAUCUUGCCUAUUAA